CUCACCGUUAGGUCAGAGUUUGGUUGGGCACACCUCUAGGUUCGGUCCCGACGAGGGUCGCUCUGCUAUGGCACCCGCUUCUUCGUCCCGUCAGCAGUUAGAACCAAUACCUCUUGCUCCCCAGUCAGCCUUUCGGCCCUACAUCCAACAGGCAAGGGAUGCAGAAUGCUUGUAUGAUCGAGCUGACGGACCACAACUCUACUGAGCUUUCUUAACGAAUACUCAUAGGUAACAAGAGAGUAUCGUGCAUCCUCUAUUCAUAAUGAAUCGGGACUUCUGAAAAUUGAAUUGAACUCCAAAGGCUGUCGCGAUCGCUCGUCUGAUUUCAUCUGAUUUCAUAUGUAAUUCAUCAUGAUCAGGUUACGAGUCUCGGUGCUGGCUACGACGCUCAUUGCGCAAGUUUGCGCCGCACAAUCGGUGGGAUGGCAAGCGGACCAGGUCAACACAACUAUGUGCCAAUGGGUAACACCUCGUGCUGGCGUUGUUCGGGAUACAGUUUACAUCGAUGGAGGUUAUUUAUGGUGGGAGCCUGGUUUAGCGGAUGGUACUUAUGGUACCCCAGUUUCAGACGGGAAUCCGCUUGGCCUCGUCUAUCUCCUCAACUUCAGCCUCCCUUUUCAAACCUCACAGGACUUCAAUCAAACCUCUCUAUUUACCAAUAUAUCAAAAGCUGCAAAUGGCGGGGCAGCUAAUAACAUUGGACCGAAUUAUUACGACGGAACGAUGUUUGCCAAUGAUUAUGAAUGGUUCACAUACGGAGGGUUGUUAGCAAUGACUGAUGCUUUUCAGCCUCCUCCAUCUGACUCAGUUGCAGCUUAUGAGGUGUAUGCAUCAGGGCCGCCAAAGCGAUUCGAGCCGGGCUUUAUUCUGGAUUCAUUACCAAGUGGGAUGACACGAUAUGUUACGUAUGGUGCAGGCGUCAGUGUCCCUUCAGAAAACCUUGGGUUCUACUUUGGUGGUUUGAAGUCCGAGACUGGGGGAGAAAUCUAUCAGUAUCCUGCGAAUGAGUCUUUGAAUGCAGAUUACCUGUCACCAACGCUGAUUGAGUUGGAUAUGACUAUUCAGCAGCAGGAGAAGUGGACCAACCACACACUUCCAACUACAGUUCCUGGCCGUGCCAGUGCCGAGCUAGUGUGGUUGCCUGUUUCAGAGAAGGGAAUCCUGGUAGGGAUUGGUGGGGUGAUUAACCCUUCGUAUGCCACGAUCAACCAGACGAAUAAUGCCACAGAUGAUGCUGCUAGUACACGACAGAGUCCUCUCUUCAUGUCAACCGUCUCCGUUUAUGAUAUUGCCAAUCAGGUUUGGUAUGAGCAGGAAACAACAGGUGCCCCAGGUGCUCUAGCACAAGGAUGCACGGUAGUGGCUUCGGCGGAAGAUAGCUCCAGCCACAAUAUCUACUGGUAUGGCGGUUUUGAUGGAAUUCAUCCGCAAGGCGAUUUUAAUGAUGAUGUUUGGGUCUUGUCCAUCCCAUCCUUCAUCUGGGUGAAGCUUAGCACUGGAACAGCAGCCCACGCACGGGCUGGGCAUAGAUGUGUGAAGCCUUAUCCGGACCAGAUGUUUGUCAUAGGUGGAUAUACUUCCCAAGCGGGACUCAGUUUAAAUUGUGUUGAAGGAGGAAUAAUCCAGGUCUUCAACCUCAGCAGUGGCGAAUGGUUGGAUUCCUACGAUCCAAAGGUGUCGAGUAACUAUCAGGUACCAGAUUUAGUCGUCUCAAAGAUCGGUGGAAAUGGGACGGGCGGGGCCACGCUAUCAGCCCCUUCACCUACGGGGUUUGCCAGCCCUAACAUGACAGCAUUAUUGGGUUCUGCGUAUAACUCUUCCAAGAUCACAAACUGGUAUCCGUAUGCAGCUGCGACUCCAACCUCCAGCGGCCGUCCAACCGUACUCCCACCUCCAGUCCACAACAAGUCCGGCACGCCUUCCUAUUUGGCACCUGUGCUUGCCGUUAUUCUGGGACUAUUCUUCAUAACUCUCGUCAUCCUUGCGAUCCUGCUCUGGCGUCGGAGAAGACUCCUCAGAAUGAACCGCACCACCACAGGGAGCGAAGCCGCCACAGUGGACAAUCGAUUCUGGGUAACCAGCUGGCUCCGCAGCACACCAGCUGACGCCAAAGCUCCUACUAUGACCACAGACGAGACACCCGUAACAGUUGACGAGUACGGAAUGCCUUACGUACUUCCCGAAGCGGGAGGGGCACAAGUACACGAGAUGAUGGGUACGUUCCCCCCUGACAAACAAGUUCAAACCUAACGAAAAAAAAACAGAUACAUCCAUACCCGUCGAGCUCCACGACACGGGCUUCGUCCCUUUGAACCAGUCCUCAAAUCGUGGAGUUGCCGCUUCUCCCUCGGUAACAUCUCAUGCCUCGCAAGGCUCCCGCAUCAGUACGGUAUCCCGAACAACAGGGAAUUCCUCUCCACUACCAGAACUCGCCGCUAUUCCCGCCGGCUCACCUA